AUUUUUAUGUUUUCCUUUUCCAUCUUGCACUGUUUCUCCAUCCCAUUCAUUCCAAAUGGAUCUCACCUCUAAGAUCUGAGACUUGGCAAGUUUUAGACAUUGUAAAAUACCAUGAGCGAUACCCAGUUUUCCUUCCCCCGUUUUUCUUGGAAAGCAAUGCUGGAGACACAAGUGCAGUGCUUGGGUCAGGUACAAAUUCUGCAUUCAGGGAAUGUGCUCAGACAGUGUCUGACGCUCAGCAGGGACAAGGCACAGCAGCAGCCAAGGGCAUUGCUGUGCCCCUGUGCAGGAAUCAAGACUCUGGCUCUUGGCUCAACACGGCAAAGUUCCCGUGUUUGGCCAGGCUCAGGGGCUGCCCGGGGAGCGCGGGGCUCGGCGCGGGGCCGAGCGGGCAACGGACAAACGGCCCCGGGGACAAACGGCCCCGGUGCUUCAGUUGCAGCGGCAGCAGCGGCAGCAGCAGCAGCAGCGGCGGCAGCAGCAGCGCAAAGAGAAAAAGCAGAGAAAGAAGCGAAAUUAUUGCCCCUCUUCCCCUCUCCCUCUCCCACUGUUCCACCCUCUCUCCCGCGGUCCCUCACCCAUUCCCGAUCUCCUUUUCUCUGUGUUCCCCUCCUCUCCCAGUUUCCCUCUCCCCUUGCCCGCCCGGGACAUGCCCCCGGCCCGCCCCUGGCCCCGGCCCCGGCCCCGGCGCCGGCCCCGGGCGUCCCGCCUCGCUCUCGCCUCCGCCCGGCUCUGGCCGAGCUGGCGCUGGCGCUUCUGGGCGGGCCUCAGUGCCUGGGGCUGGGGCGGUAUCGCCGCCCUUUGGCUCCGCCUGCUCCGAGCCCUGCCCCGGCCCUGGCCCUGGUCCCGGCCCUUGCCCCGGCUCCUCCCGGGGCCCGCGGAGGACACAGGCGGUGCAGCCGUUGCCGCCGCCUCCGCUGCGGCUUCCCCGGCCCGAGCUCCGCCGCUCGGCAGCGCGGCCGCUGGCCCCGAGCCGCCGCUGUCGCGUUCCAAGGAGCGGACGCCUGCGGAUGCUCGGCCCGGGGAGGUCGGGGAGCGCUCGGGGGCCGUUCCUGGCCCCGGGCCGAGCGCUGACGGCCGCGUCUCGCCCCCAGGGAAUGCGCACAAGGGCCCGAAGGAGCGGUACCGAGUGGGUUCGUUGCUCGGCCGUGGCGGAUUCGGCAGCGUCUUCGCAGCCACGAGGCUCUCGGACGGUGCCCCGGUGGCCAUCAAAUGCGUGCCGCGGGAUCGCGUCCGGCGCUGGGGCGAGCUGCCCGACGGUACACGUGCGCCCCUGGAAAUCGUGCUAAUGGACAGGGUGUCCUCUGGGUGUGCUGCAGUGAUUCAGCUCCUGGAGUGGACUGAGCUGCCCAACAGCUUCCUGUUGGUGCUGGAGCGUCCGCAGCAGUGCCAGGACCUCUCGCGUUUGCUGGCAGAGCGGAGGUUCCUGCCGGAGGAGGAGGCGCGGGGGCUGUUCUGCCAGGUGCUGGAGGCCGUGCGGCACUGCACCAGCUGCGGGGUCCUGCACAGGGAUAUCAAGCCCGAAAACAUCCUGCUGGACCUCGCCACAGGGCAGUUGAAACUCAUUGACUUUGGCUGUGGCACCUUCCUCCAGGACACAGCCUACACCCGAUUUGCAGGAACCCUGUCCUACAGCCCACCAGAGUGGUUCUUCCAGCGACGUUACCACGGCCAGGCAGCAACCAUCUGGUCCCUGGGGCUCCUGCUGUACCAGCUGGUGACAGGGAAGCACCCAUUCAGGAAGGGCCAGCAGAUUGUCUGGGGGAGGAUCAUCUUCCCACGACGGCUCUCCCAAGAGUGCCAAGAUGUAAUUAAGAGAUGUUUGUCCAUGCAACCCUUGGACAGGCCAUCCUUAGAAGAUCUCUUCCAAGACCCUUGGAUUCAGGGUGUUCAUCUGCCCUAGAAGAUGGGAGAGAUCCAUGUGCACAGUUGGAUCCAGGGGCCUGGCAGGGAAGGAGAAGGAGCCCCUGGAGAAUCUGUACCAGGUGGGGCUGCUGCGGGAGACACCACGGACAACCUCAAGGAUGACAAUGUAUUCCUCCAUGUGGCCAGCUGAAGAUGAUCAACUUUGAUUCUGGCACCUUCUUCAAAGACACACUCCACGCCCAAUUUGCAGCCGGGCUUUGCAGAUGCUGAGGCUGCUCUGGGCUCUGCCAGGGCUCUGCUGGGCUCAGCCCCAAGCAUGGCUGGGCUUGCUCUGCCCUCCCAUUGCUCUGACAGCUUUCCACCAGACGAGCCCAUUCCCAGCACACCGCCUGAGCUUUCUGCUUUUGCAGAAGUGCCACUGCUGUGAUCCUGAGGCGGUGCAGUCUGGAGCUUAUGGAUGAAGAAGAAUUGCCCUUCUGCACUUCCAAGCCAGAGCCAAAAGCUGCAGAAAACAUGCUGUAAAAAAGGCAUGCCCUUUGCUCCUGGUUCCCGUGUGGAGCAGCUCCCUUCGCGCUGGCUGAGCUGCUCAGGCAGAGCCCGGCAGCUCCCCGCCCUGCAGGACUGAGGCUUUUCCCCGUUGCUGGGCACAGACUGAUGGAGCAGCAGUGCUGAACACGGGGACACGCAGAGGGACCAGAGCAGCUGCCUUUGUCCACCUGAAGCUCCAAGGCCAAACUCUGAGCAGGCACGGCUGGAAGAGACUCGCAGGCUCCCUGUUGGCUCUGCUGCCCCACUUGUGCCCGGCCCAGCUCUGUGUGAGGCAGAGGGAGAACAAGGGGCAGC